UGAACAACCCCUUGUUGAAACCUUCCAUGAAUUCUAUGCAGAAAUGAGCGGCCAUGAGGACAUAGUCAUCAUCUCAGUGUCAAGGGAGAUUUAUAAGAAAUGGUCAAGCCUUGCCCAAGUGUCCUGCUUACUAGACAUUCUUGAACAAAUCAGUGUUGUUGGUAUGCCAAUGAGUCACAUAAAUGCUACAAUUCAAGUCCAUCAGCUCACCUGUCAUCAGGAUGGGUGUCUACCUGUGUCAAACAAUGGAGUAUGCUUUAUAAAGUCUGUGGAUGUGGAGCGUAUGAACUCCUUAGAAGUUGUCUGUGUUGACCAGUGUGACGAAACAAAUGUGGAUCUCAUGGAGCAAGAGCAAAUACAGAAAAUUGAACAAUACUUCUAUCAGGGAGGAAAAAUUGAUUGGGUGAAUAUGUGGCUAGCUGACAAUAAUAAAUGUGAGGAAGUCAUCAAACGUGAUGCAUAUGCAGAAAUUAGCAAAAUGUUGGAAGACCUUGAGCGGAGUGACUCAUUAAAACGGUCCAUUGAAAACAUCAACAUAUAUCAUGAACCUGGUAGUGGAGGAAGCACAGUGGCUCGACAGAUCCUCUGGAACUGGAGGAAAAAAAUGCGAUGUGCUGUUGUUAAGCAGUCGUACCAGGCCACGACUGUCUGUGAACAUGCAGUACAGAUUUGGAAUUACGAGGAAGUUGACAAGAAUGCCUGUUUACCUGUUCUUCUGCUGCUAGAGGAUUGCAAUGCAGACUAUCAGGAUGACCUCAGACGAGAAUUAAGCAAUGCAGUCACAACAAUGAAAAUAAGUCCAUCAAAACUGUGUUUCAUCAUUCUCUGUUGUAAAAGGUCUCUUGAUCCAGAAAGGAUGUGCACAGCAUUGCCGUUACGCACAGUCGGAGUUACACACAAACUAUCUCCAGCAGAAAAGAAGCUCUUCUCAAAGAAAGCAGGGAGUCUCAAGCUGAAGUUUGAACCAGAGUUUAUACUCACUUUUGUGCUCAUGAGUAAAGAGUUUGAACAGUCUUACAUCACAGGCUUUGUUGAAAACCUGCUGAAGGAAAUUGAUCAUUCAUCUCUUCAGACACAGUUGAUCAAAUUUGUGGCACUACUGAACAGCCACAUUGAGAAUUCAUACCUAUCUAUAUCACACUGUGAGGCAUUCCUAGGUUUAGGAAUCCACUUGGACAAAUUUGAUAAAAUGGCCAAACCGUCAACGUCCACAUGGAUUGAUGAAGUUCGACACCAGACAUUCGAAAAUUCUUUAAGUGAGCAGGCUAGGUAUUUUUUUAUACAGCUAAAAUCCAGUGAGACGCAUAUCUCCUCUGUAAGAAUAAUUCAUAAUUUGAUAGCUAAGGAGAUCCUGAAGCAGCUCUCCAGUUAUCAGAGCCAAAGUGAAAUAGCAAUGAGUCUGCUUCAGGACAAAGUGCUGUUUGACCACAGAUUUGGAAGGGAUGACUUUCGAAAGUUUGUCAGAGAUCUGUUCAUCAAACGCACCAAAAAAAGCAAGGGAGAUCCAAAUGACAGCUGGUUUUCUCCUUUAAUAGAGCAUGUUAGGGAGACAGAAGAUGUGGAGAAAGCCAUUGACCUUUUAAAGCUAGCUUACACCAGUUUUGAUGAGGAUGCAUUUGUUGCUCAACAGCUUGCACGACUGCUUAAUGAAAACAAAAAUUUUGAGGAAGCUGAGAUUUGGGCUAAAAGAGCCAAGUCUCAUCUUCCUCAGCACAUAUACAUACUUGACACACUGGGACAAGUAUACAAAAAGUGGUUCUACAGCAAACAUGAUGCCAUAUGUAAGAAAAAUGCUGAUAUUCAACCAGAGGACAUCACUGAUAUCAUUGAUACUGCCCUUAAAGGAAUCACUGCUUUUAGAGAAUCUGAAAAAUGCCCCCAGUCAAAGAUGGUCUGCUUAAAUAAUUCUUAUUUUGGAGAAGUUGAUAUUGGAUGCCGAUUGCUUGAGCUCCUGUCAAAUGUAGACAUUUUUUCUACCAAAGAGGGAAAGAGGGAGUUGAUGGAUUACCUGCUCACUGACUACAUACCAGAGGAAGUACAGAAACCUUGGCAAAGGUUUCAUGGCCUUUUAAAAGGAAUGAAAGACAGCAUCAGAAUUGCCCUAGAAUGUAUUUCUGACGAUCUUGCUCACUUUCAGAAUUUCACUUCUGAGGAAGAGGAGGAGUUGGCUGAAGGAGAGCCUGAAACAGUCAAUAAUCCAAGAAAAUGGCUCCUCAGGAAAAGUGCUGUGUAUGCCAAGUUAUUUUUUCAUGACAUUCAAGAGGAUGAGGCUUCUGAUGCAAACAUAGUUUCCCCAUUAAUGAGACAAAUGAAAAUUUUCCAACUUGGAGGUGAGGACUCUAUGGGCAAAGAGCCCUCCAAUACAAGAAGUGACAUUGUCAUGAAUGCAAUAAAAGCACUUCAAAGAUACUCUGAGAUUAAAUCUGCUUCCUCGAGAAAAGGCAGGAUUUUCACUCACUUCUUCCUUGGAAAAGCAAGGGGUCUCAAUAAAAUAGUGCACAAGACCACAAUUGAAAAAUUCUGCAAGGGAACCCUCAGUGAGAGACGCCUUAAGUGGCAAGGCGGUGAAGUGUGGACAAACCCAGAUGUUGUAAAAGUGCUUAAACGAGUUACUGGAUACACUGAAAAUGGAAAUCUGUUUGUUCGGGUAUCUGAUCAAAGCAACAUCAGAGUCAUUCCACUUUUUUCUGCCUCCUUGCCAAAUUCAAAUGAGAAUGUGGCUUUCUACCUAGGAUUUUCUCUUCAUGGAGUGGUAGCUUUUGACAUCAAGGUGGCAGAGUGA